AUGGGCUUCUCACACCCGGGGGGGGCCAGGUGCUCCCUGUCCUUCCUGACCGAGGAUGGCUCCGGAGGCAGCAUCUUCCCCACGGAUGGGCUCCUGAGCAGCACCCGCAGGUCCCUGCUGGAGGAGCUGGAGGAACCCCUCAGCUCCUUCAGCCUUGCCUCUGGGGAUGUCACCCCCCAGGGCCAGGGGUCCCCCGGGCACCGCCACGUCACCCCCCGCACCAAGAGCCGCCUGCAGGCCUGCGCCCAGCGCUUCAGCUCCUCCUCUUCCUCCCUCUUUGAUGAGACCUUGGAGAUGCCCCGGAGGCCCCCCAGGAUCAGAGCACCCCAGGGUGUCCCCAGGGGCCCUGCCACCCCCUCGGGGCACUGUGUCACCCUGCAGGUCCUGCUGCUGCCUGGGGACCAGGACUCCCAGUCAGAAGCUCCAGGCUCCUCCCAUGCUGCUGGCAGUGCCAGCCUCAGGCUGCUGGACGGUGGCUCUGGGUGGCAGGACCCCUCACCCUUGGGGGCACAGCCGUCCCCGUGUCCCCGUGCGAGGUUCAGCCACCUCUUGGUCCCACAUCUGCUGGGCGGCCCCGCGGUGGGGCCGGGGAGUUCGGCCAGGCUGCUGUCACCCCCCAGCUGCGGCAGCUCCGAGGAGCCCCCGGAGGAUGAGGAACCCCUGAAGGAUGAGGAGCAGGGACAGGCACCCGCCGAGCAGCACCGCCCUGGCACCGAGGCCGCCGCCAGCCCCAAGGAUGCCCCAGCCCGGGUCGGACAGGCGUGCCCGGUGCCACCCGGGGGGCGUCUGUCGGACGCAGCCCUGCGGCGGCGGCUGCGGGCGCUGGGGGACAGCCCAGGUCCCAUCACGGAGCUCACCCGGGGGCUGUACCUGCGGCGCCUGCAGGAGCUGGCGAGGGCACCCCGGGGCCAUCGCGCAGCACGGACACCGCAGGCAGGGCACAGCCCCGAGCUGCUGGCUGCGCUGAGCUCCGGGCAGGUCCCCGACUGCACCCCGGACGAGCUGGUGCUGGCACAGCAGUUCGACCACCCCGGCCGCGGCUGGCACUGGCGGGAAGGGCUGGCCAAGACCAGCUUCAACUACCUCCUGCUGGACCCCAGGACCACCCAGAACCUGCCACUCCGCUCCCACUGCCUGAGCCCAGCUGAGUGCUUCAGGACCUUCAUCCAAGCCAUCUUCUACGUGGGCAAGGGCACUCGUGCCAGGCCCUACUGCCACCUCACCGAGGCACUGAGCCAGCACCGCGCCGGCACGCAGAGGGGCAGCCUCAAGGUGCGGCGCAUCCUGGAGAUCUGGGCGAGCGGGCAGGGGGUGGUCUCCCUGCACUGCUUCCAGAGCAGCAUCCCGGCAGAGGCUUACACGCGGGAGAGCUGCCUCGUGGAGGCUCUGGGGCUGCAGACCAUCACCAACCAGCGGCAGGGGAACAGCUAUGGGGCUGCGGCUCGCUGGCCGGCGGAGCGGCGCCGGCGCCUGGGGGUCCACCUCCUGCACAGGGCCAUGAGGAUCUUCCUGGCCGAGGGCGAGCGGCAGCUGCGACCCGCGGACAUCCAGGGGGGGUGCUGA